UAAUUCGUAUUAAUCAAAGUAAAUCAGUUGGUGAUCUACAUCCACUGUAUCUUGAUGCUGCAUACUAAUUUUGGCAAUAUUUUGUUUUCUAUCUCCUGUUUCUUUUCCGACAAGGGUAAUUUAUUUUCUUGAAUGUGAAGAAUACAUCUUUAUGCUUUUAAGAUAUAACGACAGGGUUUCUUUAAUCUUCCAAGAAUCAAAAUUUCUGAAUAUUGUUCUUAUUCGGGUGGAACUUUACCUUUUCCUGUUUCUGUGGGCGAGCUCGGAACUUGGGAGAAUGGAUACCUUCUUGUUCACUUCUGAGUCGGUGAACGAGGGUCACCCUGACAAGCUCUGUGACCAAAUUUCUGAUGCAGUGCUUGAUGCCUGUCUGGAGCAAGAUCCAGAGAGCAAGGUUGCCUGCGAAACCUGCACCAAGACCAACUUGGUCAUGGUGUUCGGAGAGAUAACAACCAAGGCCAAUGUAGACUACGAGAAGAUUGUUCGCGACACUUGUCGUACUAUAGGCUUUGUGUCCGAUGAUGUUGGUCUUGAUGCCGACAACUGCAAGGUGCUGGUCUACCUGGAACAACAAAGCCCCGACAUUGCUCAGGGAGUCCAUGGAAACCUCACCAGGCAACCCGAGGACAUAGGUGCCGGUGAUCAGGGUCACAUGUUUGGGUAUGCAACAGAUGAAACACCUGAGCUUAUGCCUCUGAGCCAUGUCCUUGCAACCAAGCUGGGUGCGCGGCUCACCGAAGUGCGGAAGAAUGGCACAUGCACCUGGUUAAGACCUGAUGGAAAAACACAAGUUACUGUGGAGUAUUACAACGACAAUGGUGCGAUGGUCCCAGUUCGUGUCCACACAGUCCUAAUUUCAACGCAGCAUGAUGAAACUGUUACCAAUGAUGAGAUUGCUGGUGAUCUCAAAGAACAUGUUAUCAAGGCUGUGAUACCUGAGAAGUACUUAGAUGAGAAGACCAUUUUCCAUCUGAAUCCGUCGGGGCGGUUUGUGAUCGGUGGUCCUCACGGCGACGCCGGUCUCACAGGGCGCAAAAUCAUCAUCGACACGUACGGUGGUUGGGGAGCUCAUGGUGGCGGUGCCUUCUCUGGGAAGGACCCCACCAAGGUAGACAGGAGCGGAGCCUAUAUUGCUAGACAAGCUGCAAAGAGCAUUGUGGCUUGUGGUCUUGCUAGAAGAAGCCUUGUACAAAUUUCAUAUGCAAUUGGUGUUCCUGAUCCCUUAUCUGUGUUUGUUGACACUUACGGAACUGGAAAGAUUCCAGACAAGGAGAUUCUGAAGAUUGUGAAGGAAAAUUUUGAUUUUAGGCCUGGAAUGAUUUCCAUUGAUUUGGACCUCAAAAGGGGUGGAAAUGGAAGGUUCUUGAAAACUGCUGCUUAUGGUCACUUUGGAAGAGAGGACACUGACUUCACCUGGGAAGUGGUGAAGCCUCUCAAAUGGGAGAAUCCUGAGAAGUAGGCUUUUUUAUGUUUUCCAUUAUGUCUGGUUCCGUUCUUUAGCUACUUUCUUGCCAGAGUUAUCAUGUGUUUCUGCCUUUGUUACUUGUUUAAGGGACUGUUGUUUGAAAUUCAACUAUCACUAUAAUUACCUUGUACUCAACAUGAAGAGAAGUAUUCACCAUGGAGCUUCAUAGUUCCUUCAUGUAUACUUUUAUAUGAUAAAUUAUAAUAGCUAACCUUACUUCGA